ACGCGCUGCACACUGGGACUUGUAGUCUCCUAUGAGAUCUGUCGCAAGCAGAAGCGACAGGCCUGUCUCUAGAACUACCGGCCCGAGGCUUUUCCCUCCACAGGACCGCGUAGGCUUCUGUGGCUAAGCCCUGGGAAGCCACUCACCGUCAGAGGUCGUUGGAACUGAAGGCACACCGUCGACACUGUCGGCGGCCAUGACGCCGCGCGCCCCGCGCCAGGCUUCUGUAGGUACGCGGAGACUUCCGCUUCGUCUCCCGGAGAGACUCCGGUCUAGGAUGGGGCGGGAUCUCGGCGUCAGGGUCCCGUAGGGGCAACUUCCGUUCGGAGUGGUCCGGCCGAGUGCGGAGCGCGGGCCUUGCGCGCGCUGAGUGUCUAUUGGCUGAGCGUCCGGACAGAGCGAAGCCACGCCCCUUGGCGGGUUCUCUGGGGCUGCGGGUUGGAGACUGCGCACGAGGCUAGGAGUGGCCUCAAACUGUUGAGCUGAAGAUGACCUUGAGCUCCUGAACCUCCUGACCCUGUCAACACUGGGAUUAUAGGUUAUCAUGAAGAAGCUACGAGCAUCUGUAAGGAGUCACAGAAAGCCACUAGCCAACCACGAGAGAAGGAGAAAAUGUGCCCUUAGCAGUAGCCAGGCCACACCCUCUGCCCCUGAUGGCCAGGCCAAGCAGAAGAGAGAAGAGUUACUGCAGGCCUCUGUCUCCCCGUACCAUCUGUUCAGAGACAUGGCCGAUGUCACGACUUUCCGAAGGAACUUGCUCAGCUGGUAUGACCAAGAGAAGCGGGACCUACCUUGGAGAAGAUGGGUCAAGCAGGAGGCCAAUUUGGACAGGCGAGCCUAUGCUGUGUGGGCGUCAGAGGUUAUGCUGCAGCAGACCCAGGUUGCCACAGUGAUCGACUAUUAUACCCGAUGGAUGCAGAAGUGGCCAACACUCCAGGACCUGGCCAAUGCUUCCCUGGAGGAGGUGAACCAGCUUUGGUCUGGCCUGGGCUACUAUUCUCGAGGCCGUCGGCUGCAAGAGGGAGCUAGGAAGGUGGUGGAGGAGCUGGGAGGUCAUAUGCCACGGACAGCAGAGACCCUGCAGCAGCUCCUGCCUGGCGUGGGGCGGUACACAGCCGGAGCCAUUGCUUCGAUUGCCUUUGACCAGGUAACUGGUGUGGUGGAUGGGAAUGUUUUACGGGUGCUGUGCCGUGUCCGUGCCAUUGGUGCCGAUCCCAGCAGCACCCUUGUCUCUCAUCACCUCUGGAGCCUAGCUCAUCAGCUAGUGGAUCCAGCCCGGCCUGGGGACUUCAAUCAAGCAGCCAUGGAGCUGGGGGCCACAGUCUGUACCCCGCAGCACCCUCUCUGCAGCCGGUGCCCUGUGCAGAGCCUGUGCCGGGCAUACCAGCGGGUGGAGCGGGAACAGCUCUCAGCCCUGCCAGGCAGUCCUGAUGUAGAGGAGUGUGCUCUCAAGACUAGACAGUGCCAGCUUUGCCUACCUCCCACAAAACCCUGGGACCCCGCUCUGGGAGUGACCAACUUUCCUCGAAAGGCCAGCCGUAGGCCUCCCAGGGAGGAGUACUCUGCCACUUGUGUUCUGGAGCACCCCAGAGCCACUGGGAGUCCCCUCAUCCUGCUGGUCCAAAGGCCUAACUCAGGUCUGCUGGCGGGACUGUGGGAGUUUCCAUCUGUCACCUUGGAGCCCUCAAAACAGCAUGAGCACAAAGCCCUUCUGCGGGAGCUGCAGCGCUGGUCUGGACCCCUCCUGGGCGCUCGUCCCCAGCACCUGGGGGAGGUGAUCCACGUCUUCUCUCACAUCAAACUGACGUAUCAAGUGUAUAGUCUGGCCCUAGAAGGACACACCCCAGUGGCCCCCACACCUCCUGGCGCUCAAUGGUUGACUUGGGAGGAAUUCCACAGUGCAGCUGUCUCCACCGCCAUGAAAAAGGCACCACUUUGUUGUCUCUUCUUGUGUGUCUCUUACGUGUUUUACAUGAACCUACUGCUGUAUAAACGGGAAGGAAAUGUGUAUUUUAAACAAAAUUGCAGGGGCCGACCACAGGCUGGGGUGGAACUCAGGGUAUUGGUUCUUUCUGGAGAAGGUGCCAGCCCUGUCUCCUUCUCUCCACCUCCAUCUUGGCUAGGUGUUCCACGUGUAUGAGGAUCAUCGGCGAGGGACCCGCAAGGGUUCUAAAAGGCCCCAGAUGUCUACUCCAUCAAGCCGGAAAAAACCUAGCCGGGGCCAGCAAAUCCUGGAUAGUUUCUUUCAGCCUCGUAUUCCCACAGACACACCCAACAGU